GUGGUUUGCCAAUUGUCAAAAGGGAAAAGUGAAUAUAAACAUGGCAGGGAAGAAAAUAAAAAGCAUAAGAACACCAAAGAAAAUCGACUUCAGUAACUUGCAGGCUGGAGAUGUUUUAUGUCCCAUCUGUAGAACCAUUCUCAUUGAGCCUGUAACGUUGCCCUGUAGCCAUGGCUUUUGUAAUUUAUGUUUUAAUGACACUAUGGAAAAAGCCAAUCUCGUUUGUCCCCUAUGCCGAAUCCGAGUUGGCUCCUGGUUUAGAAAAGCGAAAAAGGAGAACAAAUUAAUUGAUGAACUGUUCUGGACAGCCAUUAAAGAAAAAUAUCCUAAAGAGGUGCAGAAUAAAUAUAAAGGUAUUGAUAAUGUCAUUGAAGAAGAUAAACCCACUAUUAUAGUAGCAAUGCCAGGAGAAAUUAGGAAAGAAUAUGAACUUCAAAAGCAGAAGGAUGCAGAAGAAGUACGCAGGUUACAAGAUGCAGAAGAAAAGGCUAGUGCGGAACUUAUUAGAAAACUAAGAGAAGAAGAAGAAAUUCGGCGGGCUGCUGAAGAAAAAAAAAUCAAGCUCGAUGCAGAAUUAGCGAAAAAGUUAGCUGAAGAAUUAAGUCCAUCAACAUCAAAAGCCGAAAUACUCAAAAAAUCAAAAAAAAUUGGUCCUAUAGACAAGUUUGUUAAGAAUGAGGAUAUAAAACUUGCAUUCAAGAAUAAUUUCGCAACAAAAGAAUACACCUCACGUGUUAUUUGUCUUGAUAAAGAAAAAAAGAAAAAUAUCAACUCAUGUAAUUCAGUUGUGCCAGUUGUACAGAAAAAAUUUCAACAAAUACACAAAAUUCUUGAAACUGAAGAAAGAUUUAGCAGAAAUAAAAGUAGUGCCAGUGACAUGGAGUCCGAGUUCAAAUUUUAUUUCAAACCAAUAGAUAUUCAGAAGAAAUAUCCCCCUCAAGGAAAAAUUCCAGUUUGUAUUCCUACUAGGAGAGCAAUGAUCAAUGAGACAGUACAAAUUGUGCCUCCUUCCGGAAAAAUUACCAAAUUACACUGUGGUACUUCUGCUUUUUCGAGAUUCUAUACUUAUCGAUCAGCAGAUAUUGUAACCUACUCCAAGGAAUCAGUUGAAAGUGAAGCCGAGUUAUUACCUAGCCGAACCAAAUUGAAUUAUGCAGAAGCAAAUUCGCAUAGAUUAAAUCUAGAAACAAGUAAGACUGGUACUUUCAACAGGGUAUCUAAGGAAUCAAGCUGUAAUUGGCAAAAACGAAAAUGUAGUAAUGACACAAAAAUUCCUACUAAAAGGAAAAAAUCUUUGCCGAGGAGUAUAUUUGACAGGCAAGGAUCAGAAAGUCCACAGUUUUAUGGUUUUGAAAGAUCCAGCAAUUUAAUAUUAAAUAUAUCUACUAUAACUGAAACACCAGAAUCUGAAGAGAAAAAACAUAAAAAUAAUUUUCUUAAUUCAACUUCAGAUGUAUUACUAAAUGGAAUAAAUGAAGCAAAAAAGAGAAAAUUGCAGGAAGAAGCUGAUUUCCAAUUGGCCAAAAAACUACAAGCUGAAUUUGAUCAGAUAGCGGUUUCAUCUAGAACUAGGAGAGGGGCGCAAAGGCAGGUCAGAAUAGAUGAGAUGUUGACUGUCUAGAAAUUCAUAUACGUUUGGCAAUAUAUUUAAUUAGUGUGGAGCGGAAAGACUUCAGUAUUGAUAUAAUGAUCUACAUUUACAAUCAAUCUAACUAAAAGUGAAACUCCCUAUAAAAACAAAACUUGCUUUUUAUAGGUAUGGCUAGAUUAAACCACUUUUGUAUAAGCAUUCAACAGCAUUAAAUUUAGAAAACUAAAUUUUUUAGUUAUUUAAAAAUGUUUCUUAUAAUUUGAAAUAUGUUUUAUUUUGAAAUGAAGCAUCAAAAAAUACUAAAAAUCAAAAUGAAGUUUAUUAAUUUAAUGGUUUUCCCAAGUCACCCAAAAAUAAAUUUUCAUGAAAAUUAUAUCAAUCAAUCAAUUUUAGGAGACUUCUACCAAAAAUAUGUUCAAAAGAUACACUCACAAUAAAAUUUUUCUUACGACUCAAUUAAAUUAAAGAUUUUAGUCAGCGGUACUAAAAAAUAGUGCAACAUUGAGUUGAAGAGAAAUCGGUGGUUAGGUAGAUUUAGUUAGAGUGUUAUCAAAACAUAAAUCUAGCCUAAAAAUUUUAUAUAAGUUGGUUAUAUAUUAUUGGUUGAUAUAUUUUUCAUUAAUAAAAAGUUUCAGUUCAAGCAAACCCUAUGUCUAGCGGCCAAAAUUAUUUUUUCUAAUUUAAAUUUUGCUUAGAUCUUAUAGACAUAAAAUACUAACGUGAUAAUAUAUUUUGUGAUCGUUAUAUUUCAUACGAAACCAAUUUAUAUUAUUUGUAACAAACACUUUACGUCGCCAUUGUAAAUAUAAAACUAGUGUACCAUAGUUCGAAAAUUAUAUAACUGUUCUGUGUUGAAAAAGUUAUGUAAAUUCUAUUAGAAAUUAUUUGUGCUGUGUUCUGACAGCGUUUUGUUUUAUUUUUUU